GCCUGCCGGCGCCGCUCUACCCUCCCCUCUCAGUGGUGGAGCCUCCCUUCCCGGACCCUUUCGGUCAUGAAAUCCGUCUUCGUCACCGUCGGGACGACCAGUUUCGACGACCUGAUCGCCGCCGUGACGGCCCCGGAAGCUCUGCAGGUUCUGCAGGAUCUUGGCUACCAGAAGCUCGUCCUGCAGGUCGGCCGGGGUGCCGUGUGUCCAGAUGCGUUCACCACGGCGGCUUUCACCCUUGAUGUGUUCCGGUUCAAGAACUCCAUCUCCGCAGACGUCCAAACGGCAGAUCUGGUCAUAAGUCAUGCAGGUGCGGGCAGCUGCUUGGAAGUCCUGGAAGCUGGGAAGCCACUCCUCGUAGUUGUGAACGACAAGCUUAUGGACAACCAUCAGUUAGAGCUGGCCAAGCAGCUCUGCCGAGACGGGCAUCUUUUCUACUGCAAUACCAGAACCCUGGUGGAGACCCUUCAGUCCAUGGAUGUGUCCACUCUGAAGCCUUUCCCUCCUGGGCAGCCAGAGAAAUUUGCUGCGUUCUUGGACAAAGUGAUGGCUCCAACAUCUGUACCAAUUCGUGGCGCCGCUCCCGCUCGCGCGCGCUUUCGCCCUCCCUCCGCUCCUGCGCCACCUUUUUUGGGGAGUGGGGCUCCUCUGCCUCCCCAACCCUCCUUUCUCCCCUCUCUCUGGCUCGGGGCUCUUCACCCAGAAAAGGGGACUUGGGGGCUGAACUUCGAGCUUCCUGGCUGGCCCCCCGUCUCCCUCUUUCUCUUUCCCCCCAAAUUCCGCCUCUGGUCUUUUUGCCGCCCCCGCUUUCCCUGCCGCCCGAGGACAGCCAUGCAGAAAGGGUGGAAGAAAUACUUCGGCCAGAAGUCCCUCAGCGAGGUGACCAUGGACGAGUACCUGGCCAGCUUGGGCCUCUACCGCAAGCUCACGGCCAAAGACGCCACCUGCCUCUUUCGGGCCAUUUCCGAGCAGGUGUAUGCGUGUCAGAUUCAUCAUGCGGCAGUUAGAAAAGCUUGUGUUUCAUUCUUGAGGAAAAACCAGCGGAAUUUCGAGUCUUACGUGGAAGGGUCGUUUGAAAAAUACCUGGAACGCCUUGGAGACCCCAAGGAAAGCGCUGGACAGCUAGAAAUCAGUGCCUUCUCGUUGAUCUAUAAUCGGGACUUCAUUGUUUAUCGGCACCCUGGGAAGCCACCAUCUUAUGCUACAGACAAUGGGUUUGAAGAAAAGAUCCUGCUAUGUUGUUCGAGUAAUGGUCAUUACGAUUCCGUGUAUACCAAACAGUUUCAGUCAAAUGCUGCUAUUUGCCAGUCUUUGCUCUAUGAGGUUCUGUACAAAAACGUCUUCAACGUGGACGAAGAGGAACUGAGGACGGCUGUGGAGAUGUUUCGAAGCGGGGCUAAGAAAAACAGAAGCGUCGGUUCUGUGGGGAGUGAGGAUGCCGGCUUUGAUUGCCUACCUGAGAAAGCGUCCAGAAAUGCUCCAGAAAAGAGGAUGGAAGAUUGGGAAGGCUAUGACUCAGCCCACCAGCCAGAGGAAAAGUACAGACAGGGCACCGAGGAGGCCAAGCCUGCAGAUAAUCCGAAGAUGCCCUUUCCUUACAAAGUUCUGAAAGCUCUGGACCCAGAUAUCUAUCGAAACAUUGAGUUUGAUGUUUGGCUGGAUAGCAGAAAAGAGCUUCAAAAAAUGGAUUACCUGGUCUUUGCUGGAAGACAGUACUACCUGGGAGACAAAUGCCAGGUCCGCCUCGAGACUGGGAGUAAAUACUACAAUGCUCACAUACAAGAUGUGGGGCAGGAUAACAUGGUGACCGUCUUCAUUGAAGAGCUGGCAGAAAAGCAUGUCGUCCCGCUGGUGAAUCUGAAGCCUGUGACCCAAGUGACACCAGUUCCUGCAUGGAGUGUAAUUUCUACUCGAAAAGGUGGAAACUAUCAAAAGAUAGCAGAUAUGGACAUAAAGUCACGGAAGAAGCUCUUUAAAAAGGUAAGAGGAAAGGAGGUUUACAUGACAGUGGCGUAUAGCAGAGGCCACCCGGUGCUUCCUCCUCGUCUACAGCAUGGCGUUUCAUCAGAUCGAUCAUCUCCAGUUCACUGUUCUCAAAACGGAGGGCACCUAAGCCCUUACGAACAUUACCACCCCCAGAACUCUCAGCGGCUUGGAAGGGGUUAUGGGAUGUCCAGAGGAUCUGGCCGGUUUCUGAACCGGAACAACCUAGUUGGGUCUGAAAUCGCGUUUUAUCCAACCGCGGGGAAAAGAUGCUAUCAGAGCUAUGACAAUUUCUCAUACAGAUCACGUUCGUACAGCCGUAGUCGGAGGCAGAUGCAGUGUAUCAAUAAAGAGUGCCAGUACGGCUUUUCGCCCGAGGCUGGGGAGGACCCCCAAGGUUUGGAAGAAACGAUCACCUUCUACGAAAUAGAAGAAGGGGAUGACACCAGUUUCCCUCCUUUACCUAAUCAAAGCAACCCAGCUCCAAUAGUUUCUGCUCCAGCUGGAUUUUGGGUAGCGACCAACGGCCCAAGUCCCAUCCCACCCAACAAGCAGGGCUUGAAUUCCUCGGAGGAGGAAGUGGAUGAGCCGAGCGAUAACGGAGAGUAUCAUGAGGAUUAUUUAUAUACUCCUUCAGAUCCAGACUGUGAGGCUCCAGGAGUGUUUAGUACUACCGAGUCUACUGCAAACUUAUCUCUGCAGGAUGGAGGAUCUGGUUCUCUGUCUUCUCAAGAAGGAGUUGCUUCGUACAGUUACUCUCAGAAGGUGAUGGUGAACUCUGCCGUUAUUUCUUCCUCCUCCUGCGUCAGUACCACUCCAGCGAUGGUCUUCUCCUCCGGCUCAGCAGCCGUUCCUCAAGCCAGUGUCGCCACCUCUGCGCCCCAGAAUACGGUGCAGCCCAUUUUAGUGUCGCCCUCCGUGGGAAGGCCAGUUGUGAUUCCUUCAGUGCCCUAUCCAUACCCGUCACCCCCGGUUGCGCCGGUCAGUGAUGUGGUGGAGAACGGAAGCCUCACUCCUCCGUACUCUUGCGAUCCUAGCGGUGGCGAUCUCCCGAGGGACCCAAAGAUCUUGCAGUAUUACUUUAACCUGGGUUUGCAGUAUUACCACCAAAGCUGCUGGAACCCGAUGAUGUAUGUCCCGCAAGUGCCCCCGUCGCCUCCCAUGGAAUCGUACCCAACGUACACGGAGCCUCUCCCGGCGGGAGACCCGGUGCUGCCUCCGGCGUACACUGAAGUGGGGAGGAGCGAUCCGCGCCCAGUCCAUGUGGACGCCGCCACCAACGGUGCUUUAUCCAUUGGAGAGCCAGCACUGCCUGCCCAUGGGACUGUCUAUUACCCGGUAGUACCAGAUCCAUACAACCAGGCAUCGCUGCAGGGAUAUGAAGCUUGCGUCCCUUUGGUUCCCACUUACCCCUACGUUAGUUCUUGGUAUCCCGUCAACCCAUCCUUUGGGAGCUCUGCGCGAAUCCACGGUGCUGUGAAUCCUGGUCACUUUCAUCAAGUUGGCUACAUGACCUCAUCCAAUCCAAACCCCCAUUUUGUAGCACAAGCCAUGUAGAACGAAGGAGGACUCGAGUCACAGAUAUUUUUCCUUGUUUUUGUUUGUUUGUCUCUCUCUCUCUCUCUGUCUUCCAGUUUCCUUCGUGAGCCGAGCAAGGGUUGGCCAGAUGUUUGUUUUUUAAUUUUUCGUGUUUUAUAGAGAUGUUGAUUUGUAUUUAUGGUGGGGCUAAGGAACGGUAUUUCCUAUUUUAGUAGCGUGUAUACGGGGCACUGUCAUAUUAAACCUACAUCAAGCGUUAUCGCUGCAGCAAAGUUUGGGAUGAGUAAGAGAGGACUAUAGGUUGACUUGAUGUAGUCUUCCAACCCCUUGGUGCUCUCAAGAAGGGUUGGCGAUGGCGCCUACCCACAUCGUCUGGGGAUGAUGGGGCUUGUCAUCCAGCCCUUCUUAAAAGCACUACGUUGGGGAAGGCGGGACUAAUGCAGAUUCCUGCAUAUUUUAUUAAAACAAUCUGUUCAGAUAUUUGUGAAACAACACACUGCUCACAGAGAUCCUCUUAUUCCACUACAUUUCAUAUCAUUUGGAGAUCUCCUCAACCCUUUCGUUAAGAAAGCGUGGAAAGUGAAGUUUGGGCACUUAAAAAUAAGAGUUCUCCAGCCAAAAAAGCCUAUUGCUGAUUCAGUCACUCUUUGUGUGAAGCGUGUAACCAACCUCGCUCAUUACUUUUAGGAAACUGCCUCUUAAACAUUCUCUCGUUUUAACGUGGUCUCCUAAGGGCACUGUUUUUGAAUGUGGGGAUCCUGGGUCUGGAUCAGUGCUGCUGCUGUUGUCUGUAAUUAGGUUUCUAAAAAUCACGAAUGGCUGUGGGAUUUAAUUUGAUGAGAGAAAAAAACACACCACCCUCCUCACUAAAUAAAAGCAGAUUCUUCACCCUUA